AUGGUUGAGACUCCCACAAUCCUCCUAUUUGGGGGCUACACGGAGCCGUGGCUAGAGUCCAUUGAUCGCAUUCACGAGCAGGCCGGCUUGUAUGCUUGGCUGCGACGCUUCAUGGACGACGUCGCGUCGGUAGUCAGGGCGGAGACAAAAUGCAUGCACCCCAGCAUACGGAACAGCUUGGGACCCAACGGCAUCUUCAUGAGCGUCCAAGAGGUCGCCGACCAGUACCGGCAUCACGAUGACCAUGUCGGCUUUGUGCAGUGUAUCAUGUCCUACAUCGUCCAGGCUGUCAUCCUUUUGAGAUGGAUCCACGACUCGCCAGAUGCCUUGAAAGUCAGCCCCAGGCCCGAAGGAAUGGGAAUCUCGGGGGGACUUAUCAAUGCCGCGGUGUUGGCCAUAUCCGAUGACUUUGAGUCGCUCUACGAGGCCAGCGUCGUAACAGCCGGGCUCGUAUGCCGACUGUGCGAGGUCGCCGGGGUGGUCUCGAGAGCGGUGGAGCUUGAAGAAGAAGGAGGAGGCAGUGACGGAAGCAGAAGCUCAUGGGGGUGUGCAGUCAUAGGAAGCUCUCCGGAUCAACUGGAUGGGGUCCUGCACCAGAUCCAGGAGACUAAGAACGUUCCCGGUCUGAAAAGAGCCAGGGUGGGCAUCAGAGGUGAUAGCUGGGGCACCGUUGUUGGGCCGCCGUCCGUCCUCGACAUGUGCCUGCAACAUGGCGCCAUGGCGGAUCUCGUCAAGCAGAGGCUCCCCAUCUACUCGAUGCAGCACAACUACCAUCUCUCACAGUCGCAUCGCAGGUUUAUUGCCGGAAGUUCAAGCCUUCAUCUCCGGCCCGUCCACCCGGGAUUUCGGCUUUGGGGCCUACAGGAAAGUGACACAAGCAGAGACGAUGCCGAUGCUCUGGGCAAUGCCCCUGUCGAUUGGGGCCGGCUGCUUCUGGGAGUGGUAGAUGCCGCCUUUUCGAACACGGUGGAUUUGGUCGAGAUGGUGAAGGGGCUCAACACUCGUCUCGGAUCGGAUCUGUCACAAGUCCAACUUAGAAUCGUGGGUCCCACCUGGUUUGCUGGUUCUCUCGAGAGGAAGCUGAAAGUGACGGGAAGAAGGGUUGGGGUCGUCCAGCACACAGUGCUUGGGGCAGAGGGGUGGCAACAGGCUGGGCAUGCUCCAACCAAAGACACUGGCACAUCGUCUGGCGUGCCCAACCACGAGGGACGUAUUGCCGUCGUGGGCAUGGCCGGGCGGGCUCCAGAGUGCGAGGACCUGGAGCAAUACUGGCAGGUCAUCGAAUCGGGUCGUGAUCUUGCGCGAGAAAUACCUCCGGGUCGAUUCGACGCCGACAGCCUCUUCCUCGAUGCGAGUGCCAAGCAGCAGCACCACCAACAGCACCACCAGCAAGAGCCAAGUCCGCCGCCCAAGUGCACAUCGACAUGCAAGCUGGGCUGUUUCCUCUCAAGACCGGGCCACUAUGACGCGCGCUUCUUCCGCGUGUCGCCGCGCGAGGCGCUCCUGAUGGACCCGGGCAGCCGGCUGUUCCAGAUGGCGGCCCACGAAGCGCUCGAAUCGUGCGGAUACUCAUGCGGGACGACGCGCGCGCUGGACCCGAGCCGCAUCGGCGUUCUCUUCGGCCAGAGCAACGUCGACGGUUACGAGACCGCCCACCACGAGAAAGGCUGCGACGCCUUCACUCUACAGGCGCUCGCCCGUCCCUUCCCGCCUGCCCGAGUCGCCUUCCACUACGGCUGGGAGGGGCCCACGUACUCCAUCGACCAGGCGUGCUCGACCUCGCUGUCUCUGAUCCACCUGGCAUGCGCUGGUCUGCGCGCGGGCGACUACGAUAUGGUCGUCGCCGGCGCCGCAAACGUGCUGGCCAGCCCACAUGGCUGGUGUCUGCUGAGCAAGGCGGGCGUUUUGUCCGACACGGGGAACUGCAAAACCUUCUGCGACGAUGCCCAAGGCUACUGCCGCGGAGAGUUUGUCGGUGUCGUGGUGCUCAAGCGACUCGAGGACGCCGUGGCCCAGAAUGAUCGGGUCCUAGCUGUCAUUCCCGGCUCGGCAAGGAACCAGGCGGGCAACUCGACCUUUCUCACGGCGUCCGACGCGGGCACCGAGGAGCGGGUGCUGAGGCAGGCCCUGCGGCGGGCGCGGCUUCGUCCGGAAGACAUUGCGUACGCCGAGAUGCACGGGACCGCGACGCCGGUGGGAGACCCGUGCGAGAUGACGGCCGUCGCCAACGUGCUGGGCCGCAGGCCAAAGGCAAACGCUGUCAGGGAUGAGGUGGAGGACCAGGAGGAGACCUUGACGGUUGGGUCUGUAAAGGCAAGCAUUGGUCACAGCGAGGCGUCGUCUGGAAUUGCCUCUGUAAUCAAGGCGAUCCUCAUGUUCCAGAAGAAUAUUCUGCCGCCUCAGGCCGGAAUGCCUCACGCUCUCAACAAGCAGUUCCCGCCACUGCACGACAAAAAGAUCAGAAUUCUGAGCAAGGCCGCCCCGUUCCAUCGUAUGAGGGGAAAGCCGAGACGAGUUCUGAUCAACAACUUUGAUGCCGCUGGCGGGAACACUGCUUUAGUGCUGGAAGAUUUCGAGAGGCAUGGAGACAGGGACAUACACAAGGACAAAGAUCCGCGGAAACCACGAGUUGUGGUGCUAUCGGCCCACACGGCAGCAUCGCAUCGGGCAAACAAGUCCAGACUGGCAAAGUGGCUCCGCGCAAAUCCAACCGUUCGUCUCGAGGACAUUGCCUACACGACCACAGCCCGCAGGGCUCACCAACCCUCCUUCCGGUUCGCAUGCGCCGCCUCCUCGACCAAAGAGCUAACCCAUGCCCUCGAGUCCGAGGUGGACUCCAACUUGGACAGGCCGCAGCCAGUCACCUCCAAAUCGCCCGUCAUCUUCGUCUUCACCGGCCAGGGCUCGCACUACGCCGGUAUGGGCGCCGAGUUGUACCAUACCAGCCCCGUGUUCCGGGACACGGUGGACUUGUGCAGACAGAUCUGCGAUGGCUUUGGAUUCCCGCCCUUCUGGGAUGUGAUCACCGGGACCGGGACCGACACGACGUGGAAUACGGCGCAGACGCAGCUUGCCUUGGUAACGCUCCAAAUCGGCCUCGCCACCUUCUGGAGGCGGCUGGGCGUGGAGCCGGCCUUGGUGAUGGGCCACUCACUGGGCGAGUACGCAGCCCUGCAUGUGGCGGGCGUACUCUCCCUCGCCGAUGCCCUCUACCUCGUCGGUUCCCGUGCCGCCCUGGCCAUGAAGAAGUGCGAUCCCCGUGCCUACGCGAUGCUCGCCGUCUCGGCCCCUGCGACAGCGGUACGCGAAAUGAUGAAGGAGCUAAGCUUGGACGAGGAGUCUUGCUCAAUAGCGUGCGUCAACAGCCCUGGUGCAUCCGUCGUGAGUGGAACCGUCACCGCCGUGGCAAGGCUUCAGGUGGCGCUCAAGCAACGCAACAUCCGCAACAAGACGCUCCCGUUGCCGUUUGGCUUCCAUUCUUCCCAGGUUGACGUGAUCUUGGAAGAAUUCAAGCCGAUCGCCUCCGGACCAGGCAUCACGUACUCACCACCCAGUGUGCCCGUGGCCUCGACACUGCUGGCCUCCAUCGUCGACGCGGAGACGCCGGCUCAACAGGGCUUCGGUCCAGACUAUCUGGCAAAGCAAGCUCGAAACCCCGUUGACUUUGUUGGUGCGAUCCAUGCCGCUCGGGGCUGGGCUGCGGCGCGGUUCAACGACAAAGGCAACUCCUCGCUAAGCAGUCCGGCCGCGGCCCCGAUCUGGCUCGAGAUCGGACCGGGCCAGUAUGUCGUGGACAAGUCCACCAAGGAUGGAAAGCCCCAUCUCACCCUGGCCGCGUCCCUCUCACUGCCGGCGCUCGUUGCGUUGAUACAAGGCCAUCGCAUGCAGGGUGCAGGUCUCUGCCCUGGCUCCGUCUUUUGCGAGGCUGCAUUCGUGGCGGCCAAGUGCGCGUUGGAGCACAGCGGCCGGAAGAAUGUCAAGGUGGAUGAACUCAGUCUUCAAAAGGCACAUCUGCGACGCCCGCUCACGGCCAGCCUCGUUGGUCCUGAAGGCAGCCUUCUUACCACAGCUGUCGUUGAAUCAGAGAGCCUUGUGCUCGUCUCGUUCAAGGCUGUGGCUGGGCCCGGGUCGCCGGCUCGCUCAUUCGACCUUGGCAACUGUGCCGUCGUGGUCCGCAAGGCAGCGGCACCGGACUCUGACUCCGACUCUGACUCGUUCUAUAUUCGGGCUAGGAUGCGCGAAGUGACCAGAACCAGCAAUAGCAGACUACCGGCCAGCAUCUUCUACGCCCUGUUCUCACACGCGGUGCAGUACGGCAGUAAAAAUUAUCAGUGUGUGCGGGAGGUCUUUGUCUCUGACGACUUUUCCGAAGCCGUCGCCGAGGUGGUGCCGGCCGUUGACCCGCCCGAUCUGCGAUUCGUGGCAUCGUCUCCCUACUGGGGCGAGGCCCUGGCGCAUCUUGCCGGCUUCCUGGUCAAUUGUGGCACGGGCCGGUUUGCAGCUGGCGCGCAGGCGACCACGAGCUUCAUCAUGGAUAGCCUCGAAAGGUUCGAGCAGAGGCCCGGAAUGAUCGAGCCGGGGAGGUCAUAUUUCACAUAUGCGCGUGUCCUUGAGAAGAGGGCGGACUCGGCUGUAUGCGAGGUCGUCGUCUUCGACGACAAGGACAGACCAGCCAUGCGCACCUGGCGGAUGAGGUUCCAUGAGGUGCCGAAUGCAGUCUUGCAGAGCUUGCUUCCCAGAACGCCCAGACAGGAGCAGUUGUCGGAUACCGUGUUGCUACCCGCUCCAGAGUCCAACUCAAGCCUCCUCCCGGGUGCGCCUGAGCCUGGUUUGCUUGACGAGCUCAGAGUGCCUAAUGGCACGACCCCUGACGUCCAGGUGAGGGAGACAGAGUCAAGAGCCGAACGCUCGGUAUUCCUGGAGGACGAACUCGAACAUGGGGAUUCAGAUGCUACCAAGGCCCCGGCCGGCUUGCUUCCAGUCAUCCUCGAGAGCAUCGCCGAAGAGACAGGGCUCUCGGACACGAGUGAGCUGACAGAAGAUAUCUCUUUGACGGAUCUCGGUGUGGACUCUAUCAUGGCGGUAGAGAUUUGUGCGCGUGUCAAGGCAAAAUCGAGCUGUCAGCUAUCCCCGUCCUUCAUCUUGGAGCAUCCGACCAUGGGCCACCUUGUUCGCGUGUUUGGUAGAGAUGCACCCCAGCAGCAACAGGUCGGCCGACAAGGGCAAGAGCAAGAGCUCGCUCUCGGGCGCCACAAAGAAGAUGAUGUUACAACAGCUAACAGUCACGAGCCGAAGGAGGAAGUCGAGAAGACCGCGUCUGCAUCCCCAUUCUCAGCAUCCCCAUCCUCCUGCUCGAAUUCUCCAACACCCACUCGUACCCCAGCGACUCCGCCACUGGAGUCAUCAUCGCAUGUAUCAAUUGAGACUGCUGAGCCUAUACCAAAGGCCAGGAUCAUGCUGCUACAACCAGGACGUCCACAAGCCGGGGCCUCGACCAGCAAAGCGCGAUUGUACCUCGUAUGCGACGGCACCGGCAGUAUUUCCAACUACAUCCAUCUGCUCAAGCACCAGUUCCCCCUGCCUGUCUACGGGAUCGACUCCCCCUUCCUGCGCUGCCCGUCCCGCCUGACGCCCCGAAUCGGCAUCCCGGGCAUUGCCAGAGGCAUGGUGGAGGCUCUCGUCAGCCUACAACCCAACGCCGGCCUCUCAGAUGCGAACGGAGGAUCCCCCAUCGUCCUCGGCGGCUUCUCUGGCGGGGCCCUGUUCUGCUACGAAAUGUCUCGACAGCUGGCCGAUCAGGGGCGGCGCGUGGACGGCCUCAUUCUGCUCGACAUGCGAUGUCCUCUCCCGCCACCGCCGCCAAACUCGGCACUCCCUCCUUCGGACAAGGAGGUCUGGGAGAUCCUGUUCACCACGGCGGAAGAGAGCAUGGCCGGGCAGAUCCAAGGCUCCAAGGCGGAAUCCAACACGAGGAAACACCUGCGCACCAUGUUCGAGUCCGUGCUGGGCUACCACCCGCCACAGCGUGUGGCAGUAGGACCUGUCUUCCACCUCCCUGCCGUCAUCAUCUGGUGUGCCAGAGGCAUGGUCGGCCGGCUCGAGGCGCGGCGUCCCGACCUUGUCGCCAAGCUCGUCGAGCUCGGAUAUCCCGUUGAGUCGUACCCCGGGUAUAUGGAGGACCCUAAGCUGGGCGCCAUGGCCUGGAGUAUUCCCCACAAGAAGACCGAGUCCGAAUUGGGCCCGGGAGGCUGGGAGAACUUUGUUGGAGCCGGGGAGGACGGUGGCACCGGCAAGAACUUGCUGUGUUUGGCUGUCGACGUGGAUCAUCAUGGUGUUUUGUAUCCGCUGACGGCUCCGAAGACUGCCGAGCUUAUUGACCAGGGUGUGGCAUUCUGCUUGGAGAGGAAAACUUUGAUUCAGUGA